UCAAUCUCUGCGGUCCACUUCCCACUACGACCGUUAUGGCGACACUCGAGAGCUUCGAGUCGACUCUCAAAGAGGUCGUGCAAGCGAAGCGAUUGUCCGCGUCCAAAAUGACCAAACUCACUGAUAUCGCAUUGAAAAGCAUGGAGAACGAUACACAGCUCGUGUCCGUUCUCUUCCGGACGCACAAGUCAUUGUCUGUGCAGGCCAAAGUGUCAAGCUUAUAUGUCUUUGAUGCUCUGGCGCGAGCAGCCCGAAACCAGGUGAACAAGCAAGGACUUAUGGGCGACUUGAACUCGCAGCAAGGCAACUGUGCCACCUUUCUCUUAAAGGUGGAAGGUGUCCUGGAUAGCCUAUAUCAAGACCUUGUUUCUUCUGGCUAUACUGAACUAAAGGAAAAGGCGAAGAAGGUGCUUGACAUUUGGAUCAAGUCGAACACGUUCCCGUCCGCAGUGUUAGGACGGCUAUCGCAGUAUUUGAAGGAAGCUGAGAAAGAACCCGAAAAAGUAGUCGCACCUGCUGCAGACGCGAAGAGUGCGACCAAUCCCGCAUUGCCGACUACGCCCCCACAAGCGCCGCCCACUGCACCCAGUGAUUCCUCAUCAGUCCAAUCAACAUUGAUCGCUCUACUCAGCCAAGCGGCCAAUGCAGUAGCAUCGAACAAUAAUGCCCAAACAAACUCAAAUACAGCCACCAGCGCUCCUUCUGUUACUCCUGCG